CCAAACUGUGUCCAGCUGCUGUUGCACACUUCUCCUGAAGCUCAAAACAAAGAUGAGGAAGGGACUGAAAGUUUACGCUCAGACUCCAGUAAAACUGCAGAUCCGGAGCCGAUGAGACGACACAGUGACCACGAAGAUGCUGGUGUCCCGUCAGACAGCAACUGUAAAUCAAAGUUGAUCAGGACCCACGCGGGGAAGAAGGCAUUUUCUUGCAGCACUUGCAGGAAAGAGUUCAGUAAAAGUAGUAUUUUAAUGGAUCACAUGAAGAUCCACACUGGCAAAAGGCAGUACCUGUGCAACACCUGCGGAAAAUCGUUUAGAAAGUCAUCAACGUUCAAGAAGCAUAAAAUUAUCCACACGGGCGAGAAGCCCUACAUCUGCAAAACAUGUGGAAAAAGUUACACAGAACAUUCCACCCUGAUUAUUCACUCGAGGACCCACACUGGUGAAAGGCCGUACCUGUGCAACACCUGCGGAAAAACCUUUACUAAAUCAUCAAAUCUUAAACGCCACAUAACCACGCACACGGGCGAGAAGCCCUAUAUCUGCAAAACAUGUGGAAAAAGUUACAGGCUACAUUCCACCCUGCUGACUCACUCAAGGACCCACACUGGCGAAAGGCCGUACCUUUGCAACACCUGCGGAAAAACCUUUACUACAUUAUCAGCUCUUAAACGGCACAUAACCACGCACACGGGCGAGAAGCCCUACAUCUGCAAAACAUGUGGAAAAAGUUACAGGCAAGUUUCCCACCUGGCGGUUCACUCGAGGAUCCACACCGGUGAAAGGCCGUACCUGUGCAACACCUGCAGGAAAACCUUUACUAAAUCAUCACAUCUUAAACGGCACAUAACCACGCACACGGGCGAGAAGCGGUAUUUGUGCAAGACGUGCAACAAAGGUUUUAGCCGCAGAUUUGAUUUGCUGAGUCACAUGAAAAAUCACCCGGAGGAGAAGUCUGGUGACUCGUGACAAAUGAAGCUCAUGUUGUCGUCCUCCGGGGGCAGCUGUCCACUCCUGUCUGACCCACAGAAGAAGAACCCGCAGAAGUCCAACCACCACCUCCUGUAGCUGAUGAGCC